AUGGAGAGUGAUGCUAUCGCGUAUGAAGAAGCUUGCUCGCAGAGGAAAUGCACCUUUAUUGAUUCUGAGAUGGAUACCCCGCCCAGGGCUUUGAUUGUAUCCACGCCGAUCAAGUCCACCAGUGCAGAACCCGCCGAUAUUUUUGUAGCAGCACCAACUCUUUGUUCGCUUCAUCGUCUGGUCCUCUUGCUGGCAAUCAUUCUAUUAGCAUCACCACCACUUUGUUCGCCUCAUCGUCUGUUCCUCGUGUUAGCAACCAUUAUAUUAGGUGAGCAGAGCCCGCCGAAAUUUUUGCGCAGGCAAAUUGUAGCAUCACCACGUCUUUGUACACCUCAUCGUCAGUUCCUCUUGCUGGCAACCAUUCUAUUAGAUGCAAAUUGUAGCAUCACCAACUCUUUGUUCGCAUCAUCAUCUGUUCCUUCUGUCCAUUCUUUUGCUGGCAACCAUUCUGUUAGUAAGCAGAGCCCGCCUCGUCUGUUCCUUUUAAUUUUUUCAAAUUGUUCACCAACUCUUUGUUCGCCUCAUCGUCUGUUCAACUGGCAACCAUUCUAUUAUAAGCAGAGCCCGCCUAAAUUUUUUGUAGCAAAUUGUAGCAUCACCAACUCUUUGUUCGCCUCAUCGUCUGUUCCUUUUGCUGGCAAUGCAAAUUGUAGCAUCACCAACACUUUGUUCGCAUCAUCGUCUGUUCCUUUUGCUGGCAACCAUUCUAUUAUGAUGCAAAUUGUAGCAUCACCAACUCUUUGUUCGCAUCAUCGUCUGUUCCUUUUUGCUGGCAACCAUUCUAUUAUCAAUCCUGCCUUUGUUCGCCUCGUCUUUUUUUUGUUGCAAAUUGUAGCAUCAACUCUUUUCAUCAUCGUUCUUGUUCCUUUGCUGGCAACCAUUCUGUUAUCAUCACCAACUCUUUGUUCGCAUCAUCGUCUGUUCCUUUGGCUGGCAACCAUUCUAUUAGAUGCAAAUUGUAGCAUCACCAACUCUUUGUUCGCAUCAUCGUCUGUUUUCUUUUUGCUGGCAACCAUUCUAUUAUCAUCACCAACUCUUUGUUCGCAUCAUCGUCUGUUCCUUUUUGCUGGCAACCAUUCUAUUAUAAGCAGAGCCCGCCUAAAUUUUGUACAUACAAAUGUAGCAUCACCAACUCUUUGUAGCAUCACCAACACUUUUGUCGCAUCAUCGUCUGUUCCUUUUGCUUUUGGCAACCAUUCUAUUAGCAUCACCAACUCUUUGUUCGCAUCAUCGUCUGUUCCUUUUUGCUGGCAAAGAGCCAUUCUAUUAGAUGCAAAUUGUAGCAUCACCAACUCUUUGUUCGCAUCAUCGUCUGUUCCUUUGCUGGCAACCAUUCUAUUAUUACAGAGCACCAACGCCGUCUGUUCCUUUGCAAAUUCUUUUGUAGAUGCAAAUUGUAGCAUCACCAACUCUUUGUUCGCCUCAUCGUCUGUUCCUUUUGCUGGCAACCAUUCUAUUAGCAUCACCAACUCUUUGUUCGCAUCAUCGUCUGUUCCUUUUGCUGGCAACCAUUCUAUUAUCAUCACCAACUCUUUGUUCGCAUCAUCGUCUGUUCCUUUUACCUUUUGGUUUUGGCAACCAUUCUAUUAUCAUCGUCUGUGGCUGGCAACCGAUCUAUUAGAUGCAAAUUGUAGCAUCAAAUUGUUCGCAUCAUCGUCUGUUCCUUUUUGCAUCACCAACUCUUUGUUCGCAUCAUUGUCAUUCCAACUUUUGUUCUCAUUGUCUGUUCCUUUUGCUGGCAACCAUUGUAUUAGGAUGCAAAUUGCAGCAUCACCAACUCUUUGUUCGCAUCAUCGUCUGUUCCUUUUGCUGGCAAACCAUUUUUCCCACCUAAAUUUUGUAGGCAACCAUUCACUUUGUUCGCAUCAUCGUCUUUCCUUUUUGGCAAAUCCAUUCUAUUAUCAAGCAGAGUUCCCCCAAAUUUUGUACCUAAAAUUUUUUCUAUUAGUAGAUGCAAAUUGUAGCAUCACCAACUCUUUGUUCGCAUCAUCGUCUGUUCCUUUUGGCUGGCAAACAUUCUAUUAUAUGCAAAUUGUAGCAUCACCAACUCUUUGUUCGCAUCAUCGUCUGUUCCCGCCUUUGCUGGCAUCACCAUUCUUUAUUAUGGGAUCGUCUGCCCGCCUAAAUUUUGUACAUGCAAAUUGUAGCAUUACCAACUCUUUGUUCGCAUCAUCGUCUGUUCCUUUGCUGGCAACCAUUCUAUUAGGUAUGCAUCACCAACUCUUUGUUCACAUCAUCGUCUGUUCCUUUUGCUGGCAACCAUUCUAUUAUGUAAGCAGAGCCCGCCUAAAUUUUUGUAGUACAAAUUGUAGCAUCACCAACUCUUUGUUCGCAUCAUCGUCUCUUCCUUUGGCUGGCAACCAUUCUGUUAUAUGCAAAUUGUAUCACCAACUCUUUGUUCGCAUCAUCAUCUGUUCCUUUUGCUGGCAACCAUUCUAUUAUGUAAGCAGAGCCCGCCUCCAAAUUUUUGUAGAUGCAAAUUGUAGCAUCACCAAUCUCUUUGUUCGCAUCAUCGUCUGUUCCUUUGCUGGCAACCAUUCUAUUAUAUGCAAAUUGUGGCAUCACCAACUCUUUUUGUUCGCAUCAUCGUCUGUUCCUUUUGCUUGGCAACCAUUCUAUUAUGUAAGCAGAGCCCGCCUAAAUUUUUGUGCAAUUGUAGCAUCGCCAACUCUUUGUUCGCAUCAUCGUCUGUUCCUUUGCUACAACCAUUCUAUUAGGAUGCAAAUUGUAGCAUCACCAACUCAAUCGUUCGUUUCUUUUGCUGGCAACCAUCGUCUAUUUCCUUUUGCUGCAAUUGUAGCAUCACCAACUUCGCAUUAUUUCGUUCCUUUUGGCUGGCAACAAGAUGCAAAUUGUAGCAUCACCAACUUUUGUUCGCAUUAUCGUCUCUUUUGCUUUCUAUUAUGCAUCAUUUUGGAUGCAACCAGGUUCGCAUCUCGUUCGUUCCUUUUGCUGGCAACCAUUCUAUUAUAUGCAAAUUGUAGCAUUACCAACUCUUUGUUCGCAUCAUCGUCUGUUUCCUUUUGCUGGCAAACUAUUCUAUUAGAUGCAAAUCAGGCAUCACCAACUCUUUUGUUCCGCAUCAUCGUUUGUUCCUUUUGCUGGCAACCAUUCUAUUACGUGAGCAGAAGGCCUAAAUUUUUUGUAGAUGCAAAUUGUAGCAUCACCAACUCUUUGUUCGCAUCAUCGUUCGUUCCUUUUGCUGGCAACCAUUCUAUUAUAAACAUUCAAGCAAAUUUUUGUUGUAGCAUCACCAACUCUUUGUUCGCAUCAUCGUCUGUUCCUUUUGCAGAGCCCGUGAUGCAAAUUGUAGCAUCACCAACCAUCGUCUGUUCUAUAUGCCUAAAUUUUUAUAGAUGCAAAUCAUCACCAACUCUUUGUUCGCAUCAUCGUCUGUUCCUUUUGCUGGCAACCAUUCUAUUAUGCAUGCAAAUUGUAGCAUCACCAACUCUUUUGUUCGCAUCAUCGUUCGUUCCUUUUGCUGGCAACCAUUCUAUUAGAUGCCAAAUUGUAGCAUCACCAACUCUUUGUUCGCAUCAUCGUCUGUUUCUUUUUGUGGCAACCAUUCUAUUAGCAUCACCAACUCUUUGUUCGCAUCAUCGCCUGUUCCUUUUGUUGGCAACCAUUCUAUUAUGUAAGCAGAGCCCGCCUAAAUUUUUGUAUGCAAAUUGUAGCAUCACCAACUCUUUGUUCGCAUCAUCAUCUGUUUCUUUGCUGGCAACCAUUCUAUUAGCAUCACCAACUCUUUGUUCGCAUCAUCGUCUGUUCCUUUUUGCUGGCAACCAUUCUAUUAUCAUCACCAACUCUUUGUUCGCAUCAUCGUCUGUUCCUUUUUGUUGGCAACCAUUCUAUUAUGUAAGCAGAGCCCGCCUAAAUUUUUUUGUACAUGCAAAUUGUAGCAUCACCAACUCUUUGUUCGCAUCAUCGUCUGUUCCUUUUGGCUGGCAACCAUUCUAUUAUCAUCACCAACUCUUUUUGUUCGCAUCAUCGUCUGUUCCUUUUUUUAUUUGGCAACCAUUCUAUUAUGUAAGCAGAGCCCGCCUAAAUUUUGUAGAUGCAAAUUGUAGCAUCACCAACUUUUGUUCUCAUCAUCGUCUGUUCCUUUUGCUGGCAACCAUUCUAUUAGAUGCAAAUUGUAAUCAUCCACCAACUCUUUGUUCGCAUCAUCGUUUGUUCCUUUUGCUGGCAACCAUUCUAUUACGUGAGAAGAGUCGCCUAAAUUUUUUUGAGACAAAUUGUGGCAUCAUCAACUCUUUUGUUCACAUCAUCGUCUGUUCCUUUUUUGCUGGCAACCAUUAUGCAAAUUACAUCCGCAUCACCAUCAUCUCUUUCUUUGCUGGCAUUCAUCGUCUGUUCCUUUUGCAGGCAAACAUUCUAUUAUAUGCAGAUGCAAAUUGUAGCAUCCACCAACUCUUUUUUCGCAUCAUCGUCUGUUCCUUUUGCUGGCAACCAUUUAUUAGUUCGCAUCAUCGAGGCCGCCAGAGCCCCACCCAAAUUUUUGUAGAUGCAAAUUGUAGCAUCACCAACUCUUUGUUCGCAUCAUCGUCUGUUCCUUUUUUGGCAACCAUUCUAUUAUAUGCAAAUUGUAGCAUCACCAACUCUUUGUUCGCCUCAUCGUCUGUUCCUUUUAAUGGCAACCAUUCUAUUAGCAUCACCAACUCUUUGUUCGCAUCAUCGUCUGUUCCUUUUGGCUGGCAAACAUUCUAUUAUGUAAGCAGAGCCCGCCUAAAUUUUUGCAUCAUCGUCUGUUCCUUUUGCUGGCAACCAUUUCUAUAUGUAAGCAUGCAAAUUGUAGCAUCACCAACUCUUUGUUCGCAUCAUCGUCUGUUUUCUUUUGCUGGCAACCAUUCUAUUAUCAUCACCAACUUUUGUUCGCAUCAUCGUCUGUUCCUUUUGCUGGCAACCAUUCUAUUAUGUGAGAAGAGCCCGCCUAAAUUUUUAGUAGAUGCAAAUUGUAUCAUCACCAACUCUUUGUUCGCAUCAUCGUCUGUUCCUUUUGCUGGCAACCAUUCUAUUAGAUGCAAAUCAGCAUCACCAACUCUUUGUUCGCAUCAUCGUCUGUUCCUUUUGCUGGCAACCAUUCUAUUAUAUGCAAAUUGUAGCAUCACCAACACUUUGUUCGCCUCAUCGUCUGUUCCUUUUGCUGGCAACCAUUCUAUUAGAUGCAAUUGUAGCAUCACCAACUCUUUGUUCUCAUCGUCAGUUGGCAACCAUUCUGUUCCUUUUUUUGUAGCUGCAAAUUGUAUUUUUCGUAGUCUGUUCCUUUUGCUGGCAACCAUUCUAUUAUAUGAAGAGCCCGCCUAA